AAAACUUUGUAUCACCUUCUUCUUUCCAAGACCGAUUGGAUUUCUUUCUAUUGGCAGUCUUCAUCAGUAAGUCGUGAGUGUUGUUUGACGUCAAAGAAUAUGGCUCUGAUCGUUCAGAUGUUGGUACUUAGUUCAGUGGCAGUCAUCUCUUUUGCCGACAUUGCUGAAAACUUAGCGCAGUACCAGAAGACUACCGACCGAGCUUUCAGUGACAUCGAAAAUCAUUUAAAUGCGCAGCGUCAGGUCUACAAUCACGCAUUUGCUAAGUUGAACGACGACGUCAACCAAUCUGUGGACAUUAGAGUUCGUUUAGCCCGAGAACAAGUUCAAUACGAAUGCAAUCGACAGGUGUCCGACUUGACGCGUCAACUCCAAGAACUGGCUAGUCGCAGCAGUUCCGAUAAGGGUCGCCUUCAGGCCGAACUACAGGCACAAAGUCAGAACGCCGAUGCACGAAUUGUUGAAAUGAGUAAGAGUCAUCAAAUCGAAUUGGCACGCGUGCGAUCCGAAUUGAAUGCAGUCAAUGCACAGGCGUUGGACAAUUUGCGCCGACAAUUGGAAGGUAAAGUAAGUCUGGCUCAGAGUGAGUUCAAUCGAAUCCAGUCGCAGCAUGAAUCGGCGUUGCUCCAUAUUCAAAAGGGAUUGGAUUUGACACGUCAAGACAAUGAGAAAAUUUAUCGAAACGCGCAACGGAAAAUACAACUCUACAUUUGAGUAUAGCUUUCACUUCAUUUGCUUUAUAGAAGGACAAUAAAUUUGGUGUAAAACAAUAUUAAGCUCUUA